GACAUUUCGCGUUCUUCGGUCGCGGUUCGGUCUUGGGAGCACGUUUUUCAAUUUAUAAAUCAACAAAUACAUGCGGUGAUAAGACGCACGAUAAGGAAUAAAAUAACUUGAACGUAAAAUAAUACAUUAGUGCUAACGGUGACUGUUGAGGCGUCUUGAGUUGCCCAUAAAAAUAUUACAUAAUGGAUAAACCCAGUUGCGUCUGCCUUAAGGAGGGUGCUUUGGUAGGCAUUGGUAAUCCCUUGCUGGAUAUCUCGGCCAUAGUGGAUGAUGAACUGCUCAAGAAGUAUGGUCUGCAGCCGGACGAUGCUAUCAUGGCUGAAGAGAAGCACAUGCCCUUGUAUAGAGAACUUAUGGAAAAGUACAAAGCGGAGUUCAUAGCCGGGGGCAGCGUGCAGAACUCGCUUCGUGUCGCACAGUGGAUCCUCAAAAAGCCACACAUAUGCACGUACUUCGGAUGCGUGGGGAACGACGACUAUGCCAAGAUAUUGAAGGAAAGGGCCGUCGCAGAGGGCGUGACGGUGCACUACCAGGUGACAUCCGAAGCCCCUACAGGCACCUGUGCUGUGCUGGUGACAGGCACCCAUCGGUCCCUGUGCGCCAACCUGGCGGCUGCACAGAAGUUCACCGCCGACCACUUAGCUAAGGAAGAGUGCAAGAAGAGCAUAGAGGCGGCGAAGUUCUUCUACGCUUCUGGUUUCUUCGUAGCAGUGUCGCCCGAGGCGAUCAUGCAACUAGCGUCACACGCGCACAACCGCCGGCACUCUUUCGUCAUGAACCUCAGCGCGCCCUUCGUCUCGCAGUUCUUCAAGGAACCACUUGAGAAGCUGCUGCCGUAUGUCGACGUGCUGUUCGGGAACGAAUCGGAGGCAGAAGCAUUCGCGAAAGCUUUCAACAUCACCUCCACGGAUUUGCAACAAGUCGCGCUCAGGAUAGCCGCCAUGCCGAAGGUCAACGAGUCCCGCAAACGUGUCGUAGUCAUCACGCAAGGCUGCGACCCGGUCAUCCUGGUCGAAAACGGAGAGAUCUCCCUCAUCCCUGUCAGUGUAUUGGCCAGGGAACAGAUUGUAGACACCAAUGGGGCAGGUGACGCGUUUACAGGAGGAUUCCUAGCUCAAAUGGUGCUCGGGGCUUCGUACAAGACUGCUGUAAAGUGCGGGAUAUACAGUGCUACUCAUAUUAUCCAACACUCGGGCUGCACGUUCAGUGGUCAAAGCUGUUUCGCGGACAGCUAACUUUGGUGGACAGACGAUCAGCUAAGGCAACAGUGAAUAUUUGCGCUGUGUUUAGGAAAGUUGUCUAGACGACAUAUCAGUUUUUGUUAGUAUAAUUCGAAUGAAAGAAACUCGACUGUUAGACCAGGGAUUAUAAUUUCUUCAUUGUUAAAACAGACUGAUUCGUCCUCUUGACACAGUUUACUUGUUGUUACAUAUUUAGAUGUUUGUUCCAGACUUUAAACCUUACUAGAUUCGUCUCUGGUCCCGACUAACUUUUUCUCUUAUCAGUCUACCUUUUGUACCGUAAAUGCUAUAAAUUCCCAAAUAAAUUUUAGCCAAACCAGACCAAUUUUUAAGUCGAGUUUCUUCAAAGUGGAGUGAACUUUGUGUGGUGUGAGGUUCGAAAACAGUAACCAUGUAAGUACAUAAUAAUUUGGGACUCAUUUCUCAAUCGUCAAAUCUAUUUUUGUAAAUGAUUGUUGAAGGUAUGGUUACAUUUCAAUUAACUGACUAUUAACGUUGAUUCGUUGCUCUUCAACUCGAAAUGAGCACACAGAUAUCGCUGGAGUGUGCAUUGAUUGCGCGCACUACUAACUUUAAAACUCGGCUAAUAACUCGAAUAUCUACAUAAGUGUGAACUAUUCCUGAUGUAAAUAAACUAAUGCGUUGAUUCUGUCACACGUUGUCCCAGAAAGUUAUUUGACGAUUGAAUAAUCUGCCCUGAAGAUUAAAACACGCACACAACAAUAUUGUUAUCAUUAAUCUACAGUGGUUCAUACCUCAUUCGUCGAUGUAAUUACACCAAAAACACUUAUUUACCAUUGAUGUAAUUGAAACUCAUUAUAAAAAUAAUUUGUUUGAUGUUAUAAUUAAUUAACCACUUAAUUGAUUCAUGAUACUAAUGUAAAAAAUAUCUACAAUAUCAAGCUCUUCAUUUUAAUUGCCGAGCUUGGAAACUUGGCGUAAUUGUUGAACAUUUUGUGUAAGUAAUGUUAAAUUUUGAUGAAUUGUUAAUAAGGCAUAGUAAUAAAUAAAUAAUUAAUCUUUUAUAGAAUUAUGUGUGUACUUUGUGGAAGGACGUACAACACGGUCGAGGUAACUGCGUACCCGGCGGCCGUGACGUCACAUCGCCGCUGGUACAGACGGCGCAGUUAGCUCGAAACGGUUGUACUGUCCGCAAUUUUAGCAAAACGUUGUCAUAGAAUAUUAGAUGAAAUCAAUAGUAUUAUAAAUAGAUCUGAAAUAAGACAUAGAUUUGCCUGUAAUGUAAUCAGUUCGAAUAAAAUAAAGUUAAAUAGAUUUUGAUUGGUGCAAAUAUUAGUAUGUAAAUGUUAGUGUGCUGUGUACAUAAAUAUGCAUCGAAUAUAGGGUUAAUUUAUAGAAUGAAUAAAACAAGCUGCACAUACAAAUUAUAAUCAUUUAUUACUAUACAUUAGUAAUACUUUUAAUAGGCACUGGUUGCUUAUUCAUAGUAAAAAUAGUCAAUAUGUGCAUAUUAUAAAGAUCAGCUGGAGACAUAAGAGCAACUUUUACAAUCGCUUACUCCGGUACAAGUACUUACUUACAAUAUCAUUUGUGCAUGCUAUUAUGUCACCAGUUGAUUUUUAUAAUGCUGUUAACUAACAGUUAAUGGAAAAGGGAUGAUGACACCUGAUAGGCUGAUACACUUGUGUAGUGGUGUCCUCAUGCCUAUUGUAAAUGAAUAAAGAAUUAAAAACAUUUGUAUUUCAACUUACACAAGAUUAAUAGUCACUUCUUAAAUCUAAUCUCAGUUCAGUAUAAUGUAAAUCUUUAUAACAACAUAUAAAUUUUUUAAAUUCAAAAAUGUUAACAAAAAUGUCAUAGGAACUGGUUUUACAGUCAACAUUAAAUCUAUAAAUUUACUUAAUUACUAGAACCUGCUAGAAUACUCCACACGCCAAAGCCACAGUCGGUGACUUGAUGUUUUCAAUAUUAACAUAAUUAGAGAGGAGAAAAUAUAGCAGCCAACACAUGUCAGGCGGGUCAGUGGUCUUUGGUGUGUGGACUCCUUAAGAUUUGUUAACAAAAACUACAGCAUAGUGUACUAUAUGUAUAUUCCAGUCUGGCCACAACUGCUCCUCAUUGCCUAAUAGUGGCAUACAUCGAUAUAUCUCAAUAAUAAUAAAAUUGUUCAUGUCCUUUAUUCUUUUUGUAAUACUUCUUGUUAUCCUUGUAUAGUCUGAGUUUAUUAUCCUACAUAUAAUCUUAGGUGCAUCAUCAAUGCAUGCCUUUCUUUCACACACCACACAUUUGGGCUGCAAAUGCUUCAACUGUUUUGUCCUACUACGUUUUCUUGAAGACCUGUAAGAAAGUUGUAUAAAAUAAAUUAAUUGUACUUAUUUGUUAUGGAAUAAACAUGAUUUUCACAU